AUGGCGUCCAGAAAGCAUUCUCGAGCCGUGGACGACGACGAGCUCCACAUCGCGGGCAAGCGCAUCAAACUCGACCAUUUGUUUGGCAGCCUCCAUCUCGACGAACAAUCCUCGUCCCAUCGCCAUGAUCCGUCUCCAUACGCAAUCCCCGCCGUGGCGUUCCAGGCUCCUGAGCUUCCAUUCCAGGCAGUUCCUCCUGACUUCAACGCCUACAUUGCCCACAAGAUCCGGUCGCAUUACACAGAGGUGCUAGUCUCAAAGAUGGCGCUCAUUCCGUGGUACGAUUUCCGAGUGCUCGUGGUGUACCGGUUCCAGCGUUGGGUAGUACGGAUGUUCCGUCGCUUUGUGGUCCGCUACAACCUCCACCAUGGUGCUCGUGUGCCAUUGGUCCGUUCCUACGACAAGGUGAUGCGGUUAGCGUUGCAGAACGGGUUGUCCCAGCCCCAGUUGUUUGACAUUGUGCUACAGGAAAACCACCGUGAAAUGGCGAGGUUGCACGAGAAACACGUCCAGCACGAGCUGGCGCAACAGGAGGCAGAUUUUAAGGACAUCAGCUACGGCUACUGGGAUAAUUUGCACGGUUUUGCCCUGCCAGGAGACGAAGAAAUGGACUGGGAAGCGGACUCUGACGUGGACCUCGAUCCCAGAGGGUCCAUCGAGUCCAAUUACGGCUCGUAUUAUCACGAUUACCACGAUACCACCAGGGGAUAG